GUCAACAUGUCCGUGGGGUCGACACGUCAUGAGAAGAGAGAGCUCGCUGAACUAAAGGAUGAUAAACUACAGAAAGAGGAGCCAGUGUUCCUGCAGUGGCACGCGCAGACACAGCAGCAGGUCCACGAGCUGCUGAAAAAAACUCCGGAAGAACUUCAGCUUGAACUGAAGGAGAUUCUGGGCUUCAAGAACCUUCAGGUGUGUAUGAAGGAAGCUGCCCUGCUGGAUUACUAUGUGUGUGGCUUCUGGUGGGCGAGGGAGGCUAACUUCACCCCCCCACAGACCUCGUUCACCAUGGCUGUGCUGCACAUGCUGCUGGAGAACAUCAGAGAGAAGCAGAUGUCUUUGGUGGAGAACCUGAUGGAGUUUGCUCAGGCUGUAGGUGCUGCCAGCCAAUGCUCAACUUCAGAGGAAGGCACCACACCACUUCUGAACAGAGAAGAAGCCACUGCACUCAUGAGUUACAUCAGAAACAGUUUGUUUCAGAAAUACACACUCUACCAGCUUCUCUUCACCUCAGCCAGAGAGGAGCUGCUCUCAGGCCUGGAGAGGAACAUUGAGGUGUUCAGCUGUCAGGACGGUUUCACCCCGAUGGAGGAAGGUAUCCCCUCUCACCUCCUCUCCCAAUAAAUGGCUCUGUGACAUUAUCUGAGAUAAUGAUGGACAGAUGGCAUAAGCAAUCCUCAUCACACCUGCUCUUUCUCUCAGUUUAAUCUGUUAUACAUAAUCCACAUCGUCUCACAUAAUAUAAUGACUAUUUAUUUGUUAUGAUCUAGGCUCACUUGUAUGCAACAAUGACACAGAAUGUUUUACAUGGUAAGGUCUGCCCUUAAUUUUUACCUGUGACCUGUGUACAAAAAAUGUAAACAACCCUCUUUAAAAUACAUAUUACUUCAUGUUGUCCGUCAUGACUAAUGAGGCAUUGCACAGUGACUUAUGCUUUCCUUUGUGUCUGUAGUAAAAACAUCAAACGUUCUUCUCCUGUACAACAUAAGAAAACGUACUUAAAGAUUAGAGUAUUUUCUACUAUACAGCAUUUCAUAUACAAAAAAAAAACGUUUUACUCUAUAAGUGCUUUUUAACUGAGUAAUAACCCAAAAGAAGUCAAACGUAUAACAUGCAAACAUUUACAUAAAACAAAAUUGGCAGGGGAAUCUAAGUA